AUGGGUGACCCAGGCAGGCAACCCUGGUGGAAUGUACCAGAUUACUUCCACAGCCCACUGGUGUUUUACAUGGACGAGGACCAGGAAGACUUCAUAUUUGGCCCUGAUGAUGAAUACCUUCGCACCCUGGAGGUCCACACCAACACCCUCAUUCAGCUGGAGAGAUGGAUCACACCCACAGACCAAACCCAAGUCACUGUGGUGGGACCAUUUACGGCAAGGCUGUGGGUGAUGAACCUGAUCAGGAAACUAGGGAGUGAGAACAGUGUUCAUCAGACUGAAGGAAAGAUGAUGCUACUCCACAUCCGGAGAUAUCCUCUGACAGAGCAAGACCUGCAGAUUUAUCUAGUAUCAGAGAGUGGUUUGGUUCCUACUGAAUGA